CUCUUCUCUGUCCCAGCAAAAGCCCCUGUGUCCUGCCAGGUUUACGACACGGCUUGCCAAGAGUGUCUUGCCGAGGUGUCUGUUUGAGGCCACCUCUUCCCCUACCUGGCUCUUCCUCUUGGCUUUGCAGCUGGAGAAGCAUGUUGAGCGUCUCCGUGAGGAGCUGGACCGGGAACGGAAAGAGCGCAACUAUUUCCAGCUCGAGCGUGACAAGAUCCACAAUUUAUGGGAGAUCACCUGCCGGCAGCUGGAGGACAAGAAAGCAGAGCUGCGUAAAAAGGACUUGGAGAUGGAAGAUUUGGACAAGCGGCAUAAAGCGGAGAUCAAGGUGCGAGGGGAGGAGGCUGGGAGGUGUUGUGAGUGCCCCGAGCUCUGGGUGAGCCUUGGGCAGCUCUGAGGAGAUUGAGGGAAAGGGGUAGAGGAGGAGAAGCUGGCUGGAUUGCAAGCCAGGAGCAUCUUGACCAAUACCCCAGCCCCGAGUGUCUUCGUGCUGAAGCCACUCACCCGCUCUUGUGGCUUGUCUUUAGGCUUACAAGCAGAAGACGAGGCACUUGCUUUACGAAAACCAGGAAAACCUCACUGAGCUGAAGGCGGAGGGCAUCUUGUCCAUAAAGCAAGCUCAGGAGGAUCACUGGGCCCAGGAGAUGAGGCUGCAGGAAGGCGUGGACACUUUGAAAGCGAAGUUGAGGGAGCAGCAGCUGGCCCACGAGGCGCUUGUGAAAAGCAUGCUCAUGAAGCAAGAAGAGGAGAUCACCCAGCUGCGCCGGGACUUCGAGAAACAAGUGAAAGAGAUCGAGACCAAGUACACAGAGAAGAGGCAAAUCCAGGAGGAUGAGCUUUGUUCACGGGGGAAGUUGGAGAUGUGUGAGGUGGAAGAGAGGAAGAACAUACAUAUUAAUGAGCUGAUGAGGGACCACGAGAAGGCCUUCAAUGAUAUCAAGAACUACUAUGAGGAUAUCAAGCACCAAAACCUGCAGCGCAUCAACUUGCUGAAGGAGGAGAUGGAGAAGAUGAAAAUGAGAGAGAAGCAGUGGAGAAAGGAGAGGGCAGAGUUGCUGUCCCAGAACAAGGAGCUGAAGGAGAUGUUGGAGUCCACGCAGAAGCAGGCGUUUGAGCUGAAGAAGAAGUUGGCCCGCUGUGAGUACGACCAGGAUGCAAAAGGCCAUCUGAAAAUCACCCAGAAGGAACUGAAGGACCUUCAGUGGGAACACGAAGUGCUGGUGCAGAGGUUCAGCAAGGUGCAGGCGGAGCGGGAUGAGCUCUAUCAGAAGUUCACCAAAGCCAUUCAGGAGGUGCAGCAGAAGACAGGCUUCAAGAACCUGCUCCUGGAACGCAAGCUGAGAGGACUUCACAGCAUCCUGGAGGGAAAGGAAGUGGAGCUCAAAGAGGUCUUGGCAGCCUCCAACCUUGACCCAAGCACUCUCUCCUCGGUCUCACGGAAGGUGGAGGAUGUGCUCAAGACCAAGGACACCACCAUCAAGGAGCUGCAGUUCCAGCUGGCCCGAGCCACCAAGGCACACAACGACAUGCUGCAGGUGCUCAAGGGAAAGCUGACAGCCUUUGGCAUCCCCUUGGACAACCUGGGCUUCAAGCCCCUGGAGAGCCCUCAGGUGGGGCAGGGCCCUGCGGGACUCGUUUCUGUCCCCAACAUAUGCCAACGAACACCAAGGGACCAACUGCACCGGGCAGAGAGCUGGACUCUGCCCCCUUUGCACUUCGUGCCAUCACGCAGACGCCAGUAAGCAUUCAGGAGUACCUCGAGGACCCCUUCUCUUCUUCCUGGUGGACCUUUUCCUCAGGAGCAGCCCCCAGCAGACCCCCUCACUCCUGGACAUCGGCCGGCUGGCUGACCAGGACCAGGAAGGACCAUGGCUCAUCCCAGCAUCCCACCCACUGGACCAGCCUCCCCUGCCUCCUGGGCUGCCCUCAGGAAGGCUAUUUUUCACGACAAACAUGUUGUUUGAAGCUUUAACAGUGUUGGUCUCGUAGUUUCCUCCAGCGACCUCCAUCUCUGGGAAGAGAACGGGCGUUUCCCCUGACUGCCGUUGUAUGUUGUGUAGGAGUAGGGGCUCAUCAAUAAGCUUUGAUGAGAUCCCCUCUCAGUCUUCUCUUUUCUGAGCUAACAGACUGAGCUCACUCAGCCUUUCCUCAUAAGAGAGAUGCUCCAGUCCCUUCAUCAUCUUUGUGGCCUCCACUGGACUCUCUCCAGUAGUUCUUUUUCUUUCUUGAGCGGGGGAGCCGAGAACUGGAUGCAAGACUCCAGAUCGGGCUUCACUAGAGCAGAACAGAGCAGAGCAGAGCAGGACGAGAACCUCCCUCAACCUGCUUGCUGAAUUAAGGAUAAAAUUGCAAUCCGAUUUUUCUCCCCUUUGCAACACUACAGAAACUUUAUCAAAAGACAAAAAUUAAAGUGUGGUUCUGUUAGGGAACAGAACACAGCAGAGUCUAGAGAAAGGAGCCACUGGGAGGUAUUCACACGUAGAAUCACAGGAUCACUAAGAUUGGCAAAGACCUCUAAGAUCACCCAUUCCAGAUGUCAGCCCAGUCUCACCGUGCCUGCUAAACCAUGUCCCCAAGUGCCACAUCUACAUGUUUUUUGAACACAUCCAAGGACGGUGACUCCACCACUGCCCUGGGCAGCCUCUUCUAAUCUUCAGCAUUCUUUCAGUAAAGAAAUUUUUCCUAAUAUCCAGUCUAAACCUUCUCUGCCAUAACUUGAGGCUGUUUCCCUUCAUCCUAUCACUUGUUACUUGGGAAAAGAGACCAACACCCACCUCACUACAACCUCCUUUCUGGGAGCUGCGGAGAGUGAUAGGGUCUCUCUUCAGCCUCCUCUUCUCCAGCCUAAACAGCCUCGGGUCCCUCAGCCGCUCCCACAACCCCUGGGCUCCAGCCCCUUCCCCAGUUCCAUUCCCUUCUCCGCACGCACUCCAGCCCCUCAAAGUCCUUCUCGUAGUGAGGGGGCAAAACCGAACCCAGGAUUCCAGGUGCAGCCUCACCAGCACCGAGCACAGGGGGACAAUCCCUGCCCUGCUGCUGCUGGCCACCCCAGGGCUGAUCCAAGCCAGGAUGCUGUUGGCCUUCUUGGCCACCUGAGCACACUGCUGGCUCAUGGCCAGCCACUGUCAACCGACAUCCCCGGGUAGCUUGAGGAGAAUGCUUUUGGUACAUAUCAUCACCACAGAGGGAUAGAGCUGCAUUUCAGGAGAUGUAAAAGGAAAGAGUAGCUAUUUGGUUCCAAAGUGGAUGCCUAAAUGGCACUCUAUUUGCUUAAGCAUCUUGGCAAUUAUCUUCACUGAGCGUCUUUAACAAUGGCAACACGUGUUUGAACGAGGUGCCAUGUGCCUUCUUUAAUGUGUAUGAGUCUGCCUGAUGUGUCGUUGCCUAUUAACAAAAAUAUGGCAGAAACAGAGUCAGUUUGGGUCCAGGCUGCCUGCUCUGGAGCCCUUGAAGUGCAAGCACAGCCCCACGUUCCCAGCACCCUCUUGCACCCCAGGACCAGGACAUGGGCACCCAUCUCCUUCCCAUGCUGUGGGCUUCAGCUCUGGGAGCAGCUGGAGAAGCUAUAAGCCGGUGUUUGCACGGAUAACAUGGGAUUGGUGCCAUGGCCGGAACCUUUCCCAGGGAGCAGGAGAGAAUGCAACUGACUCAAAAUUUGGUUGUCUGCCUCUAACAAACAGCUUCUCCCUAACAGAAACAAGUGAAAGGUUCCUGCCUGGACGAAGGACUGUGUGUCUAGGGCAGUGCCAGGCUCCCCACUCCCCCGUCUGUCCUGGUGGGCCACUGCACGGCAGAGACCGCUGGCCUGGACCCAGGGAGGAACAGCCCUGUCCCUGUCCCUGUCCUUGUCCCCUUCCCUGCCCACAGUGUCACGUGCGGGUGAAUGUUACCCCUGCAAGUGCUCCGGAGCUCUUGGGGCAGGCAGCUGGUGGGUGCAGGUGGGCCCCUUCCCCUCCGGGAGCCCCCAGGUUGUGAUCGGCAGGGUGGGAGCAUGAGCGGGGCUGCAUCCCGCUGCCCUGGGGCUGCUGCCAGCCAGGCAACGCCAGGCUGUGUAUCUGGAGCAGGACAAGCUCUCGCUGCGUCCCAGCAGCAGUUCUGGGCCUUGGCUGACAGCUGCAGCAGGGAUGCUGGAGGCACCACGGCGAGCAAGGCUGCUUACCUGGCUCUCCUCUGUCCCACUCAGCCGGGAGCCCGCGGGUGCUGACCCUGUGCAAAAUGCCAUCCCCUGCCCAGGCUGCCCUGCCUGGUGCCGCAGCCUCUUCCCACGGAGCUGGCGAGGCCGGAUGCCGCUAUCCCAGCGCAGAGCUGCAGUCAGACUGGGCGCUCCUUCCUGGCUGGGCUGAGCCAGCGCAGGUGCCUUCCCCCUGGGAGGGCCGCCCUGGAACACUGAUGGCACCCUUGCUCCGGCAGCACCGCAGCCCCAAGGCCGGCGGGAUGGACAAGAGCCCCGGUGGGACAGACCAGAGCCCUGGUGGGACGUCGGGCCACCAAGACAGGAGGAGCCGUGGCGGAGCUGCCAUCCCAGCCUCACCCCCCUUCCGGAAAGCACCCGGAGUGCGUUGGUGCUGUGGCAGCCGGGCAUGUGGGGGCUGCCAGGAGCCGGCAGCGGCUUCAGCAUGACCCAACUCUGCCUGCCUGCCGCUGGGGCACAGGGCUGGGCUCGGCACCUCACCUGCACUCUGCUGAGGACGGUGGCCUGCAGCCCCGUGCCCUUCCAUGUCGGCACCCUGGAUCUUCAGGGUGUACUCGGGGACUGCCUGCAGCAAGAAGCCCUGGAGUGAUGCAUGCAGUUCAGGACAUCUAUUUUGCUGUUGAAACAGUGCCAGAAAUGUUGGGUGAAAUGCUUGAGGAUGUGAAAGUGUUCUCUUGGGUUUGUACACUCAAAUCUAUGCUAAUCCUACAUGGGAAGAUUUUUGUAACAGACGUACGGAGACGUAACAGAUGUCAGAAUUUACCAUCUCAACACUAAGUAAAAAUAAUUGUAAUGAUGUACAGCGUCUCUGCAAAAUAAAGAGUCAUAGGAUCAGAGAAUGGUUUCGGUUGGAAGGGACCUCAAAGCCCAUCCGGUUCCAACCCAAACCAUUCUAUGGUUCUAUGAUUGGGAAAUAUUCCUUCGCCCAAAGGGUGUAUAUAUGCUAGCACACUCUGGCAAAUCUAUCAAACUGCAAAAUGUGUAAGUGUACAAUUUUUGUCUUUAGUAGUUACUAAUGGUAGUAAAUGGUGAGGACUUCAGACCUCACAAAGUGGCUGAAUUCCUGGG